AUGACUCCUCAAGGCACCCCCGACCCGGAAUACCCCACCCAAGGCUCAUCCAAUGGGACCCGUAAGGAUAAUAGGAACCUCAUCAAGGAAUGGCUCCAAGCUAAGCUGAUAAAAGGAAGGACAAUCCGGGUGGACCACGUGGCCAACUACCGCCCACCCAAAGAUUAUGAGGAUACGGAUGAGAUUACAAAGGCUCUCCGUGAGAAAGGAUGCGGUAUUAAAACCCCUCCCCCAAGUUCAGCUGAACCCUCCGAAGAUGAUGAAGUAGAAGUAAAAAAGCACAAGAAAGAAAAAAAGAAAAAGAAAAAAAAGAAAGAAAAGCGAGAGCAUCGGAAACACUUGAAAGAGGAACCUGCUACAGAUGUGUUUCCCCCCAAAUCCAAGAUAAAAAUAGAAAAAGAGGACCCGGAUUAUGAACGCUAUGCUAGGACAAACCAGGAAACUCGGGGCAGCACAUCUGGGUUCCGCCCCCAGAGUAGGAUGCCACAAGGAGAAGAGCUCAAAUACGAUAGCGGGGCAGAGCGAUCUCGAGAAAGAGGCUCGGAAAGGGACAGAUACGAGCGCAGAACGCCCCUCGGUGAGGAGAAGCACAAGAAAACAGAGACCAUCAAAGAUAGACACUGCUCAUCGGGAAGCCGAUCACGUGAUCGCUCAGAAAAUAGAGACCGGCCUCCCUGGGAGAAAUCAUCAAAUCGUUAUUAACUCAAACUGCUCUGUUCUCUCCUUGCACACGCGAGAAAGGGCUUGCUCUAGGCUUUGUGGCCAGAACAUUGGCUCUGUGAAAUAGGCAGGGGGGACAGCGCAACGCUAAAAUUUGAAAAUGCAGGAGGAAACUCUGGUGUGCUCUUUGGAGCAGUGGUGCCUCCCGGUUGCAGUAAAGGCCUGAAUUCCAGAUGCAAAGCAGCAGUGUCAGCAUUCCCCCACUUCAGCAUCUAGGCUUUAAUAAAUCCACUUUUGAACUGUUACCGUGUCUUCAGCUUCCCAUUUCUGCUGCUUGCACUUUUGCAUUUAUCCUCAUUUAAGUUGCGGUACAGCAACUGAAGAAAAGGUGCCGGAGAAGGUCUGUGCUCUGGCAGUUUGAGUCCUACUGCCCGUGGGAUGAGGUGAGCCCUCCGUCCCUUGCCUCUCCUGCUGCCAACCUAGCAGAUCAAACGCCAUGUAAAUGCAAGUAGGUAAAUGGGUACAACUUCCGUGGGAAGGCAACAGCGUUCUGUGUUUUGCCCUAUGUUUUGCCCUGCAGCAGGAUGCCCUGCCGGCCACGUCACUGCAGAAACGUCAUUGAGCAACACGAUUCCUGAUUUGAAGAGCGAGAUGUGAGCACCGCCUUCCAAAGUCUGCUACGACUAGUGAAGUAAAACCCACAGUUACAUCUUUACCUUUGCUUUGUUGCAGUAUGACUGUUUGGCAAGGGUUGAGCAGUCUUAAGAGCCAAGGUGGCGCAGUGGUUAAAUGCAGCACUGCAGGCUACUGCUAGAUCAGCAGUUCAGCGGUUC